AUGAAAGACGUGGACAUUUCUGGCCCCUCGUGUCUCACGGGGGGUUUGGCUGCUGCUGCUCCCUGCAGCAGCAUUCCCAGCUGCUCAGCCGCAGCAGCAGCAGCAACAGUGGCAGCAACAGCAGCAGCAACAGCAGCAGCAGCAGCAGCAGAAGCAAAAGCAAAACGAAUUCGGAAAAAAGAUCUUCCCCCAGGCAGCGAAACAGAAACCUUUAUUCAAGAGCUGAAGUACGGGCGUUUGGGGUGGCGCUCUGUGGAGCUGCGGCCGUCGGAAGCAGCACUGGGAGCAGCAGCAGCAGCAGCAGGAGCCUUCAGAAGCACGGGGCAGCCGCUGCUGCUGCAACUGCAGCGGCCGCCUUCUCCGCUUCGUUUCUGCACUCCUUUGAGAAGUCCUGACUGGGAGUUCACUUUUGCUGCUGCUGCUGCACCAGCAGACACGCAGCAGCUCAGCCACGUGGCUGCCAGGGCCCACAAAAAGCACAAAUACCAAACCCAGCAGCAGCAGCAGCAGCAGCAGCAGCAGCAGCAGGGUGAGAGCUGCCAAGAUGAUAUCCAGGGAGGGCUCCCAUUAACUUACUUAAGAAAGAUUAGAUGGAUGGCGCGGAGCGCAUGCAUGCCGGCGCACGGGCUGCGGUCUCUGAACUUCCGGCAGCAAGACUGGCAGCUGCUUGCUGCUGCUGCUGCUCGUGAGGGGGACGGAGAAGCAGCAGCAGCAAGAAGCUACUGCUUGGGCCUUUUGUAUGAAAAGAAGCAGCAGCUAGCAGCAGCACUGCAGCAGCACCAACGCUUCCUAGAAGCAGCACAGGCCCUGCAGGACACACGCAUGGAGGCCCUCGCCCACAACGCCAAGGGAGUUGUGCUUGCUGCACUAGGCAAGCUUGAGGAAGCCCUGCAGGAACAUUUGCUGCAGCUGCAGCUGUCUGAUGAGGCAGGCCAACUUAUAGCCCACAUGAAUCUGGGCAUUUUGCUGCACCGGAUGGGGCGCGACGAAGAGGCGCGAGUGCACUUGUCAGCAGCAGCAGAUCUCGGGGUGGCUUUGAACGACCCUUUGGGCCAUUCCCUUGCGCUGGGCAAUUUGUCGCUUUGCGGAGAGCCCUCAGGGUAG